CACCCACUGGGGCCUCAGCCACAGGCAGCUUGCCUGCCUGCCCACCCUCCUUCCUCCCCAACCGGAGAGGAUGGCUGCAGGGCCAGGCGGAAGAGCCACACAGGCUGCCUUCAGGUAGUGGGGGCAUGAAGGGAAAAUCAGCUGCACAACUGGGUUGUUGCCGCAAGACCAGGACCCUGGGGGGAAAAGGGGGUUCCCUGUCUCUGGGCGCAGACUUUCAGCUCUGCCAAGAUGACCAGGUCUUCUCUGACUGCAGGCCACUUCCAGGCACAGUGGAUGCUCAUGGCCUGUCCUCUGCCAGUUGGUGGUGUCCCUUGCCAUUGGUACCAGCUGGGUCUGCCCUGUUGGCCUGCCCCCAGGGCCUGGACCUAUAUCUGUGUGACCUGCAGCCAGCAUCCUUGGGCGCGGCCCCCCGGGGUCUCGGAGAGGACUCCUGGAGCAUGAACCACCAGCCACCAGGGCUGCAAGCCAGUUCCACUGAUGACGAGAAACUUGCCACCAAGUACUACCUGAGCAGGAAUGAGAUGGGCAGCCAGCCAGAAGGGACUGGCCCGGGGGUCCCCUGCCCAUCCUUCCCCCCUCACAACAGCUCCUCCCCAGCCCUCUGGCUGAAUGGAAAGAGUCCUAGACCUUCGGUGUUCUGCCCCUGCCCGCCUCCCGCCCCCAUCUCCAAGGAGCUCCUACUCAGCCUCCACCCCUUCUAUCCUGGGUACCCACUUCUCCUGCCUCCACCUUACCUGUUCACCUGUGGGGCCCCACCUUCUGUCCAAUGUCCCUACCUCUUCAUGUUGCCCCAAGACAACUCCCAUCCCACCAUGGCUGCACCCAGCUUGCUGAGGUCAGCCAAUGAUUCUGGGCACCACAGUCCCCAGGGGGACACCCUAUUUCUCUACCCUGGGACCUUCCAAGCCUCUGGCCAAACCAUGCCCUCCCAGGCUAAGGAUCCAGACCCAGCAGCUGCCCCCGCCUCCUCCUCCUCGGGGAAGAGGCGUGCAGGUGUGGUAGCUCCAGUGAAGCGGGCCCCUCUGGGCUCCCGGGCAGGCACAGCCACACUGCCCUAUCCGCUGAAGAAAGAGAACGGCAAGAUCCUGUAUGAGUGCAACGUGUGUGGCAAGAGCUUCGGGCAGCUCUCCAACCUCAAGGUCCACCUGCGUGUGCACAGUGGGGAACGUCCAUUCCAGUGUGUCCUGUGCCAGAAGAGCUUCACUCAGCUCGCCCACCUGCAGAAGCACCACCUGGUGCACACUGGAGAGCGACCCCACCAGCCCUGGGGUGGCCAGAGCUGUCCUGACCUGGCCCAGAGCCAGGGCAGCACCAGCGAUGUCAGCUUCAAGGUCCCAGCUCAGAGCCAUUCAGAAUGGGACCUUCGGACCGGGAGCCAUGGUGGUUUCUGGAUUCGGAAGCAAGGACGCAUCUUCGGGAGACCCACUCAGCACCUGGGGCGCUUACAGAGGCCAGCUGUGGGCAGUGCCUCUGACCUGGCCAGCUGUACCGCCAUCAGGUCUGAGAGCCUGGCACUGGCCACGGCCUCAGCGGGGUCCACCGCGGCCAGGCCUCCCUCAUGCCCAGGGCCUGCUCCUCGACAUCCGGGACAGCUACCCCCUUGCACACCCUCAGAGGUCCCGCUGGGACUUGAGCUGCCCGGCAACCUGGAGGACACGCCCCCGCUGCCCCGCCCAGCAUCCCUCCCCACCGCAGAGGGGGCAAAGGGCGAGCCCGACACCCCAAGGCCAGCCCAGACAGAGCCAGCCCAGACCCUGCACCCGCAUCCCUCUGCCAGGAGGACCCGCUACCACAUCACUGUCACCCUGCAGGGGUGCAGGCAGGCACCUAGGGAGGAGGGUGAGGAACCGGCCCAACCAGCUCCCCGCCCCUGCGUCCCUGAGGAAUCCAGGGGCUGGAAGGAGCCUCCCCAGGGGCUCCGCCCCAUCACGGGGUGCCGGGCUGACCCGCCCCAGGAGCCCCGGCUGAGAGCCCCGCCGCUUCAGGGGAGCACGGUUCAGCGGCAGGAGCGCCAGGCUGGCCAAAAUCCUGGGUCCCCACACAGGCGGGAGCUGGACCACAGUGACACAAGGACACCUCUGGACAGGUUGCUGGGGCCCAACAUGGAGGAGGCAGCUGGGCCCCCAGCCCGGGCGGAGGCCCGAGUCGUAAGUGCCACACUGACAUGGCGGCAGCGGCCUCCCGCCCAGGAAGAGACCAGACACCGUUUUCACAAGGUGUCGCUGGUGUCAGGGCCCCGGAUGGAAGCCCCCCAGGAGAGGUUCGAGCACAAUCACUACAGAGGGGACCUCAACGGCUUUGCUACACGGGAAGAAGAGACUGUGAACUCCCAGGGCCCUCGGGGUGAGGCUGGCUCCGGGAACUUCCAGAGCCAUGGGCCCGUCUUUUCCAGGAAGUACACACCACCCCCUAAGGAGAAAAGGCCAGCCGGGAAGCCGAAGGAAGCCGUGGACCAGGGCGAUGGUGGUGCCCAGGCUCCCAGGACUGAGCCCACAGGCAUGGGAGCCCCGGCCAGGACUGAGCUCCUGGUGCCCUUGCCGGGGCCCCGAGAGCCGAGCCCCCACCCGGGCACGGGUUUCAGCAGCAGGAACUCCAGGCACCAUGAGGAAUGGCGAGUCACCCGCACUGUGCGCACCACCACCGUAGUGGGGGGGCACGUGGACCGUCGGGUGAGCAGCUCUGUGACAGUGGGGCCCACGCCAUCAGGCGAGGUCCCUCCCAGGGGCCGCAACGUGGCCCGCGUCCAGGCGGUGGUGGUGAGCCCCAGGGCCGAGGCCUCGCCCAGCCACGGCCAGGCCCUGGAGCUGCUGAGCAGCCUGGUGCCUGCUGAGCACAGUCCACCCACCAGCCACCUCCCCCGGCCCACGGGUCCCAUGCCAAGGAGCCCAGGCCUGGGUGGCACAGAGGGGACAGUUCUGGGGCAAAUGCCUAAGACUGGAACAGCUGAGCUAAAGGACAGCUCAGCCCCUGAAGUCAUUCCAGAGGGUGCCCACCUGCCUCAGAACCGGCAUGUGCCUGAAGCCUGCGCAGACCAAGACCAGGGCAGAGCCCGGGGCACCAGGGCCUGUGAGCCCCUGCGGGGCCAGGGAGCCCCCACACCCCACACUCCACACCCUCUCCUCACUUCUCAGAGCCAAGUGGCCGUGCCCUCCUCUCCCAGACUCCAGAGACGCUUCCCGUCCUCGGGGCUGGCCCACCCCCCAGAGCAGCCUGCGGGGCCCACUAUCCCUGGGGCCCAGCCUGCUCCCCAUGUCCUACCUGCUGUUAAGAGGGAAGGGCUUGCUGAGUGCCCUGCUGCCCCCGUCCUGCUGGAACAACCUCUGGCUCCGUCCUCUGAAAGCAGGAAGGCUGUCCCCAGCCCGGAAGGUCCUUCUGCUCCAUCGUCGCCAAGGAAUAAGUUUGCUCAGGACUCUGAAAAUGUGCCCGUCUCCCUUCCCCCAAAAGAGGCAGUUCAGGGCCCAGGUGUUCCUGCUGCCCCAUCCCCAACCCAGAAAGAGGCAGUUGGGGGCCCUGGUGCUCCUUCCUCCUCCCCCAAGCCAACCAAAGUUGUCCAGGGCCCAGAAGGAGCCUCGAGCACCCACGAGGGAGUUGUUCAGAGUGCUGAAGGCAGCCCUUCCCCUUCCCUCACCCGAGACAAGGCCAUUCAGGGCCCAACUGUUCCUGCUGCCCUGCUCCCCGAACAGGGUAAGGCUGUCCAGGGUUCCAAGAGGAGCCCCACCUCAUCUCCCACCCAAAGAGAGGCCAUCCAGAGCCCUGCUGUCCCCCUUGCCCCAUCCUCCCCAAUGGACAAGGUGCCCCCCAGCUCAGAAGGCACUCCUGUCCCAGUAGCAAAGGAAACAGAGGCCAGCAUGGAGUCCCAGCUUGUCCCUGACUCCGCCAAAGGCAAAACACCCCCAGAACCACUGAGAGAGGAGGAUGAGGUGGCCCUGGCUGCUGACCUGGAGAUUUUCCUGGAUACGCUACGGAGCAUGGAGCCCCCCGAGAUCCUCCGCACUCACCGGCUGCCCCGAGCCCCCCGCUCCUCCUACCUGGCCAUGUAUGCCACGCUACCUGCCAUCGAGGAGGACCAGCCGGGGCCAUGUGUACUGGGGCCCAGCCCCCAGGAGGUGCCUCCCCUGGAAGAGGAGGAGGAAGAAGAACCAGAGAACCCCUACCUGAGCGACGACGAGAAGCUCCAGCGCAGACAGGAAAAGGUGGGGCCCAGCCCCUCCUGGGACCCGCCCCCUGCCAGGCCCACCCCGGCCUCUUGCUCUCCUCUGGAGAUGUUGAAGAAGCAUGUAACAGGUGCCAAGAGCCCCCACCUGCAGCCAGGGGCGGAAAUGCUGGCCAGCAACCGGCCCACCUCCCGACUUGGAGGCAGCCUUCUCUUUGGCAGUCUGGUGCCUGCCACCAAGGAGGCCCCCGCUCUGGAACCCCUGGGCAAAAAACUAUCAGCUCUGCCACCCCAUGGGGCACCGGGGCUCAGGAAGGUGCCAGGACAGUUGCCCCUGCUCUGUAGCAGAAGGCCACCGCCAGAGAAGCCUGCAUGUGCCCAGCCCCCGGAGGGGUGGAGCCCAGCGCUGAAGACCCAGGGCAAGCUGAACACCAGACCUGGGAAGGUGAUCGUCUUCUCAGAGCCUGGCUGCCAGGGCAGCCGCAGGGAGGUCUGGGAAGACGCUGCUGAUGCCUCAGGCUGGGCCGCUGCCUCCAUCAGGGUGGUGCGAGGCUGCUGGGUGCUGUAUGAACAGCCAGAGUUUCAGGGCCGGAAGCUGCUCCUGCCCGAAGGAGACAUGGAACUCGGAGUCCUGGGACCAGCGUGGAGUACCCAAGGCAUCGGCUCCCUAAGGAGGGCUGUCUGCGACUACUGCAUCCCCGAGAUCAGCCUGUUCUCUGAGGAGGGCCUGAAGGGAGAGCAAGUGAAGCUAACAGAGGCCUUGAAGGACCUCCAGGGCCUGGAGAGGCCCCUGCAGGUGGCAUCUGCUACUGUUUCUGCAGGACUGUGGCUGCUGUAUCCCAAACCCUUCUUUGAAGACACCCCCUACAUCCUGGAGCCUGGAGAGUACCCUACCUCGGAGGCCUGGGGUACAUCAGACCCCAGUGUGGGCUCCCUGAAGCCCGUAAGAUUGGGCUGCCCAAGUGUGGAGAAGCCAGGAGAGCCCAAGGCUGUGGUGUAUGAAGCCCCAGGUUUUCAGGGAAAGAGCUGGGAAGUGAGCAGAGACAUCUACAACCUGCAGCAGCCAGAGGACAGCCAGAGUCCACACCUGGCCUCUGUGGGGUCCCUGCGAAUUCUCGGAGGCUGCUGGGUGGGCUAUGAGAAGGAGGGCUUCCGGGGCCACCAGUACCUGCUGGAAGAGGGCGCAUAUGCAGACUGGACGCACUGGGGAGGUUUUGACGAGUGGCUGACCUCCCUCCGGGUCAUCCGGACGGACUUCGGGGACCCGGCCGUGGUGCUGUUUGAGGCCAUGGACUUCGAGGGGCCUGGCGUGGAGGUGAGCGCGGCAUUGCCAGAUGUGGAGCUAGUGCGACACGGUCCGCGCACCCAGGCCAUCCACGUGCUCAGCGGCGUGUGGGUGGCCUAUGAGCAGGUGGGCUUCUCCGGGGAGCAGUACGUCCUGGAGAAGGGCGUGUACCGCAACUGCGACGACUGGGGCGCGGGCAACAGCGCCCUCGCCUCGCUGCAGCCGGUCCUGCAGGUCGGGGAGCACGAUCUGCACUUUGUCUCAAAGAUUCAGCUUUUCUCCGGCCCCGACUUCCUGGGCGACCACAUCUCCUUCGAAGAUGACCAGGCCUCUCUGCCCGCCUCCUUCCAGCCUCAGUCCUGCAGAGUCCACGGCGGCAGCUGGAUCCUGUUCGAUGACAAGAACUUCCAGGGAGACCAGCACAUUCUGUCAGAGGGCGAGUUCCCCACUCUCACGGCCAUGGGCUGCCUGUCCUCCACCGUCGUGGGCUCUCUCCGGAAGGUGCCCCUGCACUUUGCAGAGCCUGCCAUCUUCCUGUACGGCCGGGAGUGCUUCGAGGGGAAGGAGAUCGAGCUGGACCGAGAGGUGCGCAGCCUGCAGGCGGAGGGCUUCAACAACCACGUGCUGUCCGUGCGCAUCGAGGGGGGCGUCUGGGUGCUGUGUGAGCACAGUGACUUCAGGGGCCGCCAGUGGCUGGUGAGCAGCUGUGAGAUCACCAACUGGCUGACCUACAGCGGCACCCAGAGGGUGGGUUCUCUCUACCCCAUCAAACAGCGCCGAGCUUAUUUCCGCCUCUGGAAUGCAGCCCUGGGGGGAUUCCUGGCAGUGCCCGACCACGUGGAGGACAUGAAGGCGGGUCGUGUGGUGGUCUCUGAGCCCCGGGCUGGCGGCAGCUUCGUCUGGUACUAUGAGGAUGGGCUGCUGAAGAACCAGGUGGCCCCCACCAUGAGUCUGCAGGUAAUUGGACCUCCCAGUCUAGGCUCCAAGGUGGUGCUCUGGGCUGAGAGCCGCCUGCCACGACAGACUUGGAGCAUCAAUGAUUUGGGCCACAUCUGCAGCCAGAUGUUUGAAGGCCGGAUCCUGGAUGUGAAAGGUGGCCGAGGCUAUGACCGGGACCAUGUGGUGCUGUGGGAACUGGCCAAGGACAGGGCAUCCCAGAUCUGGACCGUCCAUGUGCUCUGAACCUCCUUUCCCCCCCAGCCCCAGAGCUUUGCUGGGACAGAAUGUUUUUAUAGGUGUUUUUUGUUGUAACAUAAGCUAUUUUCUAAUAAGCUGCCAGGUAUCUUU